UCCCCUUCUUCCCCUCAUUCUUUCUGUCUCUCUUUCUCUCUCUCCCCGUUUCUCUAUGAUUUGGCCUCUCAUUCUCUGGAAAUUAAAUGAUGGUAGGUCUGAAGUUCUAGCAAAAGAUUUAAUGUACAAAAGUAUUUUUAGAUAUUCAGCUGUACGGGCAUUAUUGUUUUACCUCCUUGGCUUUAUUCAUCAGUUUUGGACAUGACAGCAUUUAAAAGGUUAAUGCCCAUUUUCAUGGCUCUUGGUUGCCUCAUUGGUCAUGGAACGACACAGCAACAAUGCUCAAAUGGGUUUGAGAUGGAUCGUUCGUCAGGCCAAUGCUUAGAUGUUGAUGAAUGCCGCACUAUUGCUGAGGCCUGUAGAGGAGAUAUGGUGUGUGUCAACCAAAACGGGGGCUAUUUAUGCAUUCCACGAACAAAUUCCAACCAGCGAUCCCCAUAUACGAGUCCUUACGGACCCAGUUUGUACCCACCGCCUCCAGUUCCAGCUUCUGUUCCAAAUUAUCCUUCUGUUGGAAGAGCACCUGCCAUUUGUCGGUUUGGGUAUCGUAUGAAUGAAAACAACCAGUGUGUAGAUGUCGAUGAAUGUGCAACUGAAUCACAUCAAUGCAACCCUACCCAAAUCUGCAUCAACACUGAAGGAGGAUAUACUUGUUCCUGCACUGAAGGAUACUGGCUUUUAGAAGGCCAAUGCUUAGACAUAGAUGAAUGUCGCUAUGGAUACUGUCAGCAGCUCUGUGCCAAUGUAGCUGGCUCCUAUUCCUGUACCUGCAACCCAGGAUUUGUGCUAAAUGAAGAUGGGAGAUCGUGUCAAGAUGUGAAUGAAUGUACAAGUAGCAACCCAUGUGUACAAAACUGUAUGAACACCUAUGGCUCAUUCCUUUGUCGUUGUGAUCCUGGCUAUGAGUUGGAGACCGAUGGCAUCAGCUGUAGUGAUAUGGAUGAAUGCAGUUUCUCAGAAUUUCUCUGCCAGCAUGAAUGUGUUAAUCAGCCAGGGAGUUACUACUGUUUCUGCCCGUCUGGCUACGUUCUUGUUGAGGACACUCGAUGUCAGGAUGUUAAUGAAUGUGAAGUUGGGAAUCACACUUGUAACGUGCAGCAAACAUGUUUUAAUGUCCAAGGAGGAUUCAAAUGCCUAGACCCAGUAAGAUGUGAUGAUCCUUAUAUCCGGAUCAAUGAAAAUCAUUGUAUAUGUCCGACUGAAAACCCUAGCUGUAGAGACCAGCCAUUCACCAUCUUGUACAGAGACAUGGAUGUAUCAGGACGUACUGUGCCCGCUGAUGUAUUUCAGAUGCAAGCAACCUCUCGCUAUCCUGGUGCUUAUUACAUCUUUCAGAUUAAAUCAGGAAAUGAAGGCAGAGAAUUCUAUAUGCGGCAAACUGGACCUAUCAGUGCCACUCUUGUGAUGACCCGUCCUCUGAAGGGGCCACGUGAUAUGGUGUUGGACCUGGAGAUGGUCACGGUUAACACUGUCAUCAAUUUCAGAGGAAGUUCUGUCAUUCGACUGAGGAUUUAUGUAUCACAAUAUCCCUUCUAAACCUAGACGGGCAUUGCUUUUUUUAAAACUACCACAGCAGCAGCUGAAAAUGGACCCUUUUCUGCCUAAACAUUUUUUUUUCUCAGGAGUCAAUUCUUCUAACAAUCCAACCUGAUAUUAGUAUUAAAACAUGUUACAAUGGUUCAUAUUACAAUAACUGGACAAUACCUCUUGUGGUUUAAAGACACCUGUGCUUUGAAUUAUCAGUGGAUUCCAUAGAGUUAUUUUAUUUUAUUUUGCUCAUGAGUGUUUAGAUACUUUGGUCUUCCUUUCCAAACUUUUUCUAAAGUGUGAUUAAAAGCUUUAAAAACUG